AAAUUGAUCACCACUUUCACUUUCAUUUCCCUCAUUUUCCAUCCUAUAAUUGAAACUUGAGGAUUGCAAUAUGGAAAAUAAAAGGAGGCUGGCAACCUUGGUUGGAUGCAACUAUGCCAGCACCAGGAAUGAGCUCCGGGGUUGUAUCAAUGAUGUGAAGGCUAUGAGGGAUCUCCUCGUUCAUCGGCUCGGAUUCAAUGCCAAAGAUAUAGUCAUUCUUACUGAUGAGGUAGGAGCCGAGGUGCUUCCCACCGGAGCUAAUAUUCGACAGGCGUUAAGGCGUAUGAUUGAUCAGGCCGAGUCAGGCGAUAUCCUGCUUUUUCACUAUAGUGGUCAUGGGACGCUCAUACCGCCGGCGAAGCAGCAACAUGGCCGUCCCCGCCACCGCGACGAGGCCAUUGUUCCAUCCGACUUCAAUCUUAUAACCGACGUAGACUUCCGCGAACUAGUUGACCGUCUCCCUGACCGCGCAACUUUCACCAUGAUCUCCGACUCCUGCCACUCCGGCGGCCUAAUCCAAAACGAGAAGGAGCAGAUCGGUCCCUCCACCUCCCUUGAAUCAAGCAGCACCAACCUCCUGCAUCAACGGCCCAAAUUCAUACCAUUCUCCUCCAUCCUCCGCCACCUCUCCUCCAUCUCCGGCCUCUCAUCCCCACAUAUAGCCGACCACCUCUCCACCCUCUUCGGCUCCGACGCCAGCCCCAAGUUUGUCCCGCCCACAACAACUCUCCAUCACCCAUACAUGGAUCAUGAUGAGGUGCACAAUGAUGGCGGUAUUCUGCUCAGUGGAUGCCAAGCUAACGAGACGUCGGCCGACGUGAGUCCAGAUGAGGUGGAGGGAACGGAGGGGAAGGCAUAUGGUGCGUUUAGUAAUGCGUUGCAGAUGGUGAUGAGAGGGGAGGAGAGGAAGAUGAGUUAUAGGGAGGUGGUGAUGAAGGCGAGGGAGUUGCUUAGACAGCAGGGAUUUGAGCAGCAGCAUCCUUGCUUGUAUUGCAGUGAUGAGAAUGCUGACAAGAUGUUUCUGAUGAUGGAUGAAGUAAAGGAGAUUGGUGCAUGAUGUUUGCCAGUGCAGAAUUCGGGGGAGGAAUUGAAUGGAUGCGUCUAAUGAUUUCUCUGUUAUCAAUCAUGUGUAUGUUAUGUAUUUAUUCUAUUUGUUGGAUAAAUUUGGGUGGCAUAAAAGUAUACACAAGUAUAUAGAUUGAGUGCUAUGUAUGUAAAUGCUAUAAAUUAGAUAGAUUGAGCAAUUGGUAUUCUAUUAUGGGUUUCGUUUAUAUGUAUCCGAUUUUACCAUUUAUGAGAUUGAAGUCAGAUGGAACGAGUGUCCCAUGACCGCUAGAGUGAAAAUGCAGGAUAUCACCAGGCUUGGCCUGAUCAAUCAUGCGCCUUAACGCCUGUCGAAUAUUAGCGCCGG